UCCGAUGCUCAGUGGCCGUGUUAAUUGGCUGGACAUCGGUCGUCGCGUUCGAAAGUUGUAUGGUACGCGAGAUAACCUCGCUUUCGCUCGCCCGCACGCGAAGGAACACACGCAAUGACGGAGAUAGUGGUGGCCACCGAUGAGGAGCAGUUGCUCUCCAGGAUCUCCAAUCUCGUCGCCCGCGCCGCCGACGACGCGAUCUCGCGAGACGAUCGGAUCUUUCGUUUUGGCGUAUCAGGCGGUUCGGUGGUACAACUGCUGGCCAAAUCCCUGCCUAACAUUGCAACCGAUUGGAGCAAGUGGCGCUUUUUCUUCUGUGAUGAACGAAUAGUGCCUCUCGAAGAUUCCGAGUCAAAUUUCGGCCUCUACAAAAGUUGUUUACUUGGAAAAGUGCCUGUCACCGAGGAGCAGUUCAUGAAGGUUGAUCCAGAACUCAACGCCGAGAACGCGGCGAAGGAUUACAUUAAAAAAAUGGCCUUCUUCUUCCCGCCGGACAGAUUACCGAGAUUCGAUUGCCUGCUGUUGGGGGUGGGUCAGGACGGGCACACAUGCUCGCUCUUCCCGGGUCAUCGUGCCCUCGAUGAUGAGAACAUGUGGGUCACAUGGGAGUUGAACGCGCCGAAACCGCCACCCAGUAGAAUCAGUCUUACUAUGCCAGUCAUUAAUAAUGCUCGCAUGUGUGUGUUCGUUGUCACCGGCGCUAGCAAGGCUGAGAUCGUCAAAAGGGUCUUGAAAAACAAGGAAGAUUUACCAGCUACCAGAGUGGAUCCAGUUGAUGGCACUCUUUUUUGGCUGCUCGAUCAAGAAGCGGGCAGACUACUCAUCUCAGACUGAAAUGCGAGGUGGGAUAAAACAAGACCACCACUACAUUACAUCGAUUUUAUGACAUUCCAUACCACGUAUUAUUAUCGUCUUUACUUUUUCUUUAAAAUUUUUCAGCUCAACUCUAUAUUUUAAUGUUUUAUUUUUUUUUUCAUCACAAUUUACUAUUAAAGUCGAUAGAGUAUUUGAAGCGCUAUAUGCUCGUACCAAAGGCGUACGAAAAUGACUCGUGGGAAAAUUGAAAAUUCAAUUUUCGACUGAUAUUGCUCAACAAUGUCGUUUAUAUAAAAUGUGCAAACUUUGUUAUUGUAAAUCAAUCUACGUAUUGUAAAAAGAUAAUAUUUAAUAAGAAAGUAAUAAAAGUUUUGCAUUUUCAAGAAAAUAUACAAUUUAAUAACAAAAAAAUGAAAAUUAAGGAAAUAAUUUAAUUUCCUUAAUCUUCACAGAAGAGAUAUUAAUCAAAAAUAGAAACACAUACAAAUUAGGGUUUUUAAAAAUAUUUGACAUAUAUCGUUAUUUUAUGAUUCUUUAAAGGGGAAAAAACAGAUUAACCCUAAAAGGUUUCACUUCAACAAAUUCAGAAUCUGAAAUCAGAUUCAAACGGAUAAAAUUUUGGUCUACAUUUAAGGAUUUCCUCGAAAUUUCUUGUCGGAUUAACUUUUCUCAUUCUCUUCUCUCUUGGAGAAACUCGCUUAAAAAUCAAUCGUUUUUUUCUUCAUUUCUAGUACGAGUCCAUUCUUUCAAGCAAAACAUAAAAAAUCGUUAUUUAAAUUUUUGUAUUUUUAUCUUUGUUAUCAUUUCAAGAUUUAUUAAGUUAAGAUUUAUUAAGUUUAUAAGAAUGUUAAUUACACCAACUUAACGAAAGUGUUUUCUUCCGCAGAUAUAUGCAGAAAAACAAUUAUACAGUCCGUAAUAUAUUUUGUGAUAUAUAACAAAACUGAAAAAUUGUUCUAAAUAAAGCGACAUAUUGACAAAUUCAUAAUUAUAUUCGUGAUAUAUAUAAUAUAUUAUCAUAUUUUAAUAAAUGAUAUAAUUAAUGUAAAAAAAGAAAGAUUUUGAUAAUACAGAUUCUAAUGUUAAAUUAUCAUUAAAACUAUGGUUUUAAUCGCUGUAUUGUAA